AUGAUUCCGGAUGUGGAAUUCACCAUCGUUUCGCGAAGAAACAAACCGAUAGCCAAAGACAGAGCUCUUGAAAGAGCAAAGAGCAGGCUAAGGCAACGCUCUGAGCUUAUUAGAUCCAGCGAAUUGUUUAUGGAUAUUGUCGAGACACUGGAAUCGUGGAAAGCAAGCUCGACUAGCCCCUGGAGCAAAGUGCGCUGUUUAGCUCUAGGGUCUCCUAUUGAAGAAGAGCAAGCUAAUUUUCAGUUAGCACUUCUGUGCGAAAUUGGUAGACAUUUGAAUAUUAACAUGGUGUCCGUGUAUGAUCCCGCUUUCACGACGGAGGACAAGCAUUUUUUGUCGUCAGAAUGUAACUUCCGGAUCGAGCAAUCUUUCGAUCCGCAGGGUCUGGACGAUGUUCUGUUUUUUGUUCCACAUGCGCCGAUUAUCCUGCUGGAAUCGCUUUUAUCCAAGAAACCCAAGUAUAUCUUGACUAAUGAUGUCUCCAUUUACACUAACAAAUUCACACAUAAAGAGUUCUUUGAAAAAUUUCCAAAGGAACAAACACACCACCACUGA